AUGGCAGUGUGCAGGGAGAACUGGAAAUAUAUCCUUGCAUCAGUUCUUUCUGGAGCUGCAGUGCUGACCAUUGGAAUCUUGUUGGGCCACUAUGCAAUUCCCAAAGGCACAGAUGGCCCUACAUUCCCCAGCUGGGUUCACAGCCUGUCUCAAGAUCUGGAUGAAGAUCUGCUCCAAGACUUUAUGAACCAAGUGGAGGCCAACAGAAUCCGUGAGAACCUCCGGAACUUGGCCUCCAAGCCCCACAUGGCUACUACUGACGGGGACAAAGAACUGGUGCAGCUGCUGCUGACUCGCUGGAGGAACCCUGAAACUGGUUUGGACCUUGCUACAGAGGUGGUCUAUGAUGUGUUCCUGUCUUUCCCUGACUCAGAGAGACCAAACAGUGUGGUUGUGGUGUUGGAAAAUGGCACCCAACCCUUCAUCUCCCAACAAAAAGAGAAAAAUCUCACUGCAGACCAAAACGAUCCAGCAGUGGUCCGGCCCUAUGCAGCGUAUGCACCUCCGGGGAACCCCCAGGGGAAAUUGGUGUAUGCCAAUCAGGGCAAACUUAGUGACUAUGAAGAACUAGUCCAAAAUGGCAUUGAGCUGAAUGGCACAAUAGCUAUAACCCGUUACGGAGGGGCUGGCCGAUCCGCCAAGGCGAUCAAUGGGGCCAAAUUUGGUGUAAUCGGGGUGGUGGUUUACACCGAUCCAGCAGACAUCAAUGACGGGAUAGUCUCGGAGGAACAGACAUACCCCAAUUCCUGGUACAUGCCCCCUUCUGGAGUAGAGAGGGGGUCCUACAGCGACCACUUUGGAGACCUGCUGACACCAUACUACGCUGCCAAAGAUUUCACCUACAGGAUCCCAGAGGACAAUAUCACAGGGAUUCCUCUAAUUCCAACCCAACCCAUUGGCUUUGAGGAUGCCAAGAUCCUGAUCUGUAACCUGGCUGGCCCUGCAGUAAAUGACUCUUGGCAAGGAUCCUUGGGGUGCAUCUACCAUCUGGGACCAGGAUUCCAGGACGGAGGGUUGUUCCCUAAUACCAGUAAUGUCCAGGUGAAUGUCUACAACCACAGAAGAAUUGAGAAAUCUUCUAAUGUCUUGGGGCUGAUUCGAGGAAGUGUGGAGCCCGACCGAUAUGUCCUGUAUGGUAACCACCGGGACAGCUGGGUGCAUGGUGCUAUUGAUCCCAGCAGCGGGACGGCAGCAAUGCUGGAGAUCACACGAGUUUUGGGCAAGAUGCUUAAGGAAGGGAAAUGGCGCCCACGAAGGUCCAUUAUUUUUGGCAGCUGGGGUGCAGAGGAGUUUGGCCUCAUUGGUUCCACGGAGUACACUGAGGAAUUUUUCAGCAAAUUGCAACAGCGCAGUGUGGCCUACAUCAAUGUGGACAUUGCAGUCUUUGCCAAUGCUACCUUGAGUGUAUCGGGAACCCCGCCUGCCCAAAGUGUUGUUUUUAAAGCAACCAAGCAAGUGCGGACUCCAGAUAAUUCCAAUUCAGUGUAUGAAAACUGGAAGCUCUACUUCAACCGAAACAGCUCCAUCUAUGGGGUCAUCCCUCGUUUAGGAUCUCUAGGUGCUGGAAGUGAUUAUGCCCCUUUCAUUCACUAUUUAGGCAUCACAUCCAUGGAUAUUUCUUAUACCUAUGACCGGAGCAAGACUUCGGCACGGAUUUAUCCUGCCUACCAUACGGCCUUCGACACUUUUGACUAUGCAGACAGAUUUAUUGAUCCAGGAUUCACCAGCCACCAGACAGUGGCACGGACAGCUGGCAACAUUUUGAUGCGCCUGGCAGAUACUUUGAUUCUUCCACUCAACGUGACUGACUAUGGAGAGAUGCUGGAACAGAUGUACAAGGCUGCCGACCACGAGGAUAUUGUGGCUGACCUGAGAAACCACAACAUCUCCCUUGCCCCACUCCAGGCUGCAAUUGCACAGUUCAAGUCAGCAGCUGCGGGCCUCGACCAGCGCAUAGCAAGUUUGCAGGAAGAAGAAUCUCCCAGUCCCCUCCAUGUGCGAAUGGUGAACGACCAGCUGAUGCUGCUAGAAAGAGCAUUCUUGAACCCCAGGGCCUUCCCUGAUGAAUAUUACUACAGCCACAUCAUCAUGGCCUCCAGGUCGUCUUCCAUUGCCACCUUUCCUGGCCUUGCCAAUGCUUACUCCAGUGCCAAGGUGUCAGGCAACUGGGAGAAGGUCCGCCAGCACCUGACAAUUGUCAUCCAAGCAAUAGAAAAUGCUGCAUCCAUCCUGGAGCCUGUGGCCCAAUAA